GCUGAAUCGCAUUCAGUGUGUUUGUGUGCUUCGUUCGGAUCGGUUCUCCUCUCUCUUGUAUCUCUCGCCUCCCCGAGUAUCUUGCGCUGGUUUUUUGUCGAUUUUGUGGAUUUGUCGAUCACUGAAUUCGAAAUACAGUAACCAAAACAAGCGAAAAACCCGCACUGUUUUCUAGCAAGUAAAAGUUCCCGGAAAAACAAAAACAAAAAACAUGUCGGCUGCUACGGAACAACAGAACAACGGCGAUGUGGCCGUGGAGAAGGUGGCGGCGGAGGAUGUGAGCUCCGUGAAGGACGAUCUCAAGGCGAAGGCGGCCGCCGAGGAUAAGGCCGCUGCUGCCGACGCCGCCGGCGAUGCGGCCGACAACGGUGCGUCAAAGGACGGCGAGGAUGCCGCCGACGCUGCUGCCGCCGCUGCCCCCGCAAAGGAAUCCGUGAAAGGCACCAAGAGGCCAGCAGAAGCCAAAUCCGCAGAAUCAAAGAAGGCCAAGAAAGCCGCGGAUGGCGAUUCCGAUGAGGAAGAGGCUCUGGACGAAAUCAUCGAGGGCGACAGUGAAAUCGAGAGCGACGAGUACGACAUCCCCUACGAUGGUGAGGAGGACGACAUUGAAUGUGAUGAUGAUGAUGAUGAUAAUGAUGACGGUUCCGGCUCGGACGAUCAGGCGUAAUAAUAAUGUAGUCAAAAAUACAAACAAAAACAAACAAAAAAUUUAAAUUAAUAAUAAAUAAAAGUUACAAGCAAAAAAACAAAACAAAAAAAAUAAUAAUAAACCAACAACCAGAAAAUAAACCACAACAAGGAGAAGAAGGAGGAGAAAAAACCACAAAAAAAUCGCAAAAGUAUAUAAUUUUUAUGUUUAAGAAAUAAUUUUUUAUUUCUUACCUUAUUUUAAUUGUAUUUUAUGUGUACUUUUUUUAUAAAAAACUACAAAACAAACAAAAAUUGUAAUUGAAGGCAUUUUCGUAUGAAAGCAAUCUAUACGGAAACCAACAAAAAGUAAACAUCCCCACUAUAUACAAGAAAAAAAAAAAAAAAACCAAAAUCUUUCUUUCCUUUAUGUCAUAAGUCCUAAUUUAAACGCCCAGUUUAUGCGUAAAACAAAAUAUACAAAGAUUGAAAAUGUAGCGUAAACGAAGCCCGUGAAUUAAACACAGACACACACACACACAUACAAAAUAUUAAAAAAUUCAUUAUUAAAUUAGACGUUACAUUUAUGAAUGAUCGAAAGAAACAAAAAAUACAAAAAUGAAAAAGAAACAGCAAAUGCAAUUAAAUACAAAACAAAUAAAACAUAAAAAA